UACAGGGCUGAGGGGUUGGAAGAUAAGGAGAUACUGCUGCUACUGGGGUUAAGGACGGGCUUAAGUGAAGGACACAGAGAGAAAAAAAAAGAAGUAAAGGUUUAAUGACUGCUUGUGGCUCAUCUCUCUGAGAAGAGGAGACCGACGUUUAACCACCGAUACAAAUGUCACCUUAUUCCCUACAUAGCGGUUCAGCGCGGUCAGCACGAUGACUGAUGGGGACUAUGAUUACCUGAUCAAGCUCCUGGCUCUGGGGGACUCUGGUGUAGGGAAGACAACGUUUCUAUACAGGUACACAGACAACAAGUUCAACCCCAAGUUCAUCACCACGGUGGGAAUAGACUUCAGGGAAAAGAGAGUGGUGUACACAGCGUCGGGCCCCAAUGGAACCACAGGGAAGACUUUUAAAGUUCACCUCCAGCUCUGGGAUACGGCUGGACAGGAGAGGUUCCGGAGUCUAACCACAGCCUUCUUCAGAGAUGCCAUGGGCUUCCUGCUCAUGUUUGACCUCACCAGCCAACAGAGCUUUCUCAACGUCCGCAACUGGAUGAGCCAGCUGCAGGCCAAUGCGUACUGUGAGAACCCAGACAUUGUGUUGGUGGGCAACAAGGCAGACCUGGCGGACCAGAGAGAGGUGCAGGAGAAGCACGCUAAGGAACUAGCCGACAAGUACGGGAUCCCGUACUUUGAGACGUCGGCAGCGACGGGGUCUGAGGUGGACAAGGCAGUCAUCACUCUGCUAGACCUGGUCAUGAAGAGGAUGGAGCAGUGUGUCGACAAGCCCACCGCCGAUCCCGCCAACGGGGGAGGAGCCACCAAGCUGGAGGACGCAGCGCCUGAUCAGAAGAAGUGUGCAUGCUAAAACCUAGCCUCUUCCACGUCCCCUUCUCCCUACUCUGGUUGGUCCUCUAGUGCGCCCUCUGGUGGCCAGACGCAGAAGGGCAGCAGCGUGGCCACAGCAUGAUGUGUGAGGGGGCAGCUCAGUCAGCCACACUGCAAUGGGGGUUGUGGUUCUGGCCUUGCAUGGCCUGUGUGUACUGUGCUGGGCCUGGCUAUGUGUCUCUCCUGCCUGUCCUGUGUUGUGUUGUAUUGUGUCCCAAUUGUCACCCUGUUCCCUUACAUAGGGCAUUACGUUUGACCAGAGCCUAUAAGGUGUACAUUGCCUUGGACAUAAUGGACAAGACAGCGGGACGAGCCGAGUUCAUUAUCUCCUAGGUAACGGAGGCGUUUAUCCCGCUUAUACCACAUUUGCCAAAGAAAAGCACACAUUUUCUGGUGGAAAUGUUUUCAUAGAUAUUUUUUUGAAUUGAUUAAAAGUCAAAUUAAUACUU